UCAAUGGGAAACAUCAGCUUUGUAAAGGAUUUUGUCAUAGUCGGCUUUCCUGGACUUCAGCCUCAUUACUAUGGCCUUGUAUCAGCACUUCUCAUUUUUGUUUAUGUGUGUACAUUGGUGGGAAAUGCUGUAUUUUUUACAUUGUUUGUAAUGACUAAGAGCCUUCAGAAGCCUGUAUAUUAUUUCAUUAUAAAUCUUGUUGUGUGUGAUGUACUAUUCAGCACCACAACAUUACCAAAGAUAAUUAGCAGGUAUUGGUUCCAAGAUGGAACCAUUUCAUUCUUGGGUUGCUUUGUUCAGAUGUUCUUUGUGCAUUAUUUAGGCAGUGUCUGUUCACUUGUUCUGGCAGUAAUUGCUAUAGAUCGCUAUGUAGCAAUAUGUUACCCACUUCAAUAUCAUGGUAUCAUGACAAACAGAAAUGUAGUCUUUCUGUUCUUUGGCUCUUGGAUUUUAGGCUUGUUAGGUCCGUUGGCAAUGGUCAUUCGAACUUACCCUCUCCCUUAUUGUAUGGAAAACACCAUUAUACACUGUUACUGUGAUCAUUUUUCCAUCACAACAUUAGCAUGCACAGACAGAACACUCUAUAGUGUUCCAGCUCUCAUCUAUGCCUUUGCAAUACUCUUGGGACCCUUUGCUCUUAUUAUUUUCUCAUACUGCUCCAUAUUUGCAGCAGUAAUGCGAAUUUCAGGUACUCAAGGAAAGAUGAAGACUUUCUCCACCUGCAGUCCUCAGCUCAUCAUAAUUGCUCUCUUUUUCCUACCCAGGUUAUUUAAUUAUUUAUCUGGCAACAUUGGUAUAAAAUUCAGCAGUGAUUUGCGAUUAGUCAUUAUUAUGAUGUAUAGUCUGCUACCACCCAUGAUCAACCCCCUUAUUUAUUGUUUGAGAACAGAAGAGGUAAAAAAGGUAUUUAGAAGACAUAUUCAAAAUAAACAAAUUAGUAUUCCUUUACGGUUGCUCUGA